UGGGAAUUCUUGUAUGAGAUGCUUCAGAAAUCACGUCAACCAAGGGGCCAAAAUCAUAUGUAAUUUGCAGGUGGGGACUGACACGACGAUGACAUGUCUCAUUUGUCAAUUAAGCCAUUUUCAUACACGGGAUCAAGAUAAAAAGUGAGCUUAUGCAUGUGGUGGGAAUCAAAGGAAGGGAAAGGCAACCACUUGUUGCACUGCAUCCACGCUCUGAUUCCCUACCGUCUCUUCUGAAUUUCAGUCAUUUUCACUUCACUCACCUCCGCCGGAAAUCGUUUAAAAAAUCAGAAUAAUUCUCAAACUUUGACUGAGCAGUGAGAGUUUCACUUCUUUCCGUUCGCCGUAUUAUCACUGUUUGCUUCGUAGACCACUAUACUUUUUUUACACGAAUACUUGGUGAGUGAGCCUUACAAAUAUGUCCAUGCAAGUUGUUCUUGCAUCUUCUUAUGUAUAGAGGAAUCCUUAUAAAAGCAGUACUACACCUUAAAGACCUUCAUACCAUACAUGGACGGGCUAUGUGGCCUACAAUAACACCAGCCAGAACAUCUCUCUCUCUGCUAUGCUUGUGGUGUAUUUAUUCAUUUUUUACGUGGUAUUUUACUUUGUGCGACGACUGCUUGGUUGGUAUGUCUUGUAAAGAAAAGGGAUAGUGCAGAGGAAAACCUCAUCAUCAUCAUCAUCAUCAUUUUAGCUUGUAUCAGCAUCAUUGAAUCAUGUACAUUCUGCUUUAUAAGCCAUUUAACAUACACACACAUCAUCGGAUUGGAUGGACAUAGUAUAUCAGAAGAGACUAGUAGAAGAGAAGCGAAAUAAUAAUAAUAAUAGUCGCAAAAGGUUUUGGAAUGAGAGAGAGAGCACCCUUUCUCUCCAUUUCGCCCUCGCACUUACAUUAUUACUAGUUAGUCCGCACUUUAAAACAAAUGCAUGAGAGGAGUAAAUAGUUUGAGAGUCGUAUAUAUUUGCAGUGUGAGAGGGGUUUGAUGUGUGUGAAAAAUAAUAAAUUGAUGAUUGACUAGAGUAGUGAGUGAGAGUGGUAAGGAAGAUCCGGACAAGAGAUUUGCCAAUAUAUGUGUAUAAAACUGGUGCGUGUGGGGGUUGCUUGGUUGGUUGGUUAGUUAGUUAGUUGGUAUUACAAAUUUGUGGUGGUUGUACUUGUUCUUGGAGUUUCGUCCCGACUCUGACAUUACUCAUUCUACAUCAAGUCCAACAAAAUACGACAUAAAAUAUUCAACAAAUGUGUUCCGGAACGAAUGGGAAAAUAAUCACGUCGAGUGACAUCCGCCAUCCGUGACUGUGUGACUCUGAUUGUGUGGCUUAUGUGAAAAAUGACUUCAAAAAUGAACUCACACAUUCCAUUAUUCAGCCAUUCAUCACCAUCCUCUUCUUCUCUGCACUGUGCUAAUUGAUAAAUAUGCUGAAGUUCUGUGUUUAAAUAAGUAUUUGACGUUAAUAUUCAAAACUGGAGAAAAAUUUGCAGAAGUUUCGAGUUGGAGAAGAAAUGGAGUGGUGACUAAAUAUACGAAAUGUACCCAUUAUCAGUUACAUCAUAAUAAUUAUUACUCGGCUGUGCAAAAGUGAUAAUAACGUUAUUUGAGAGUAAAAUUCAUUCAUUACUGUCCAAAAAAGUGUAUGCCAAACCGAAUCGACUUUUUUGGCAAGUGACCAAGUGAAAGUUUACCCGGAGAAGUCUGCUGAGCAUCGAUACUAAAAAAAUAAUUCGUGUUGGAAAACCGUAGCACAAAUAUUUAUAAACAAAAUCCAGCAGAAUUUGACAACUAAAUGCGUCUGCUAUUAUGUGAAACCUACUGUCACAAUUAUAAAUCAGAGAAUUUCCAGGAAUUGAAGUGAGAAUUAUGACGAUUUAAAUGAUCUGUUACACAAACGUCUAAAAAGGAGUAAUCAACCACAUUUCCACACCAGCCUGCAAAAUUAUCCAUGACAUGACCGGAAAUGACAAAGUUCCCAGAAAUCCAGGAGUUCCACUCCGAACGAUUCUGAGGAAUUUUUUAAAUCUGGUCGAGAGCUGUGAAGCUGGAAUUGGUGAUGGGAGCAGUACAUACGAGAAGGAAUUUCAGGAGCUCAAACAAUUCAGCGAGAACCUUAAAACAGAUCCGGCCUACUUAAGCAAAGAGGGAGAAAAGACCGUGAAUCGGAAGAAGAACCGAUACAAGGAUAUUUUACCAUUUGACUAUACUCGUGUGAUAUUGGGAGACUUUGGAGAUGUUCCGGGCAGCGAUUACAUCAAUGCGAAUUUCAUCAAGGGUGCGAGCGGCUCUUCCGCCUACAUCGCGUGCCAAGGACCUCUGCCCCACACGGUCAACGACUUUUGGCGAAUGGUCGUCGAAUGUGAGGUCCAAGUCAUCGUCAUGGCCUGCAAUGAGCAAGAGUCGGGAAAGCACAAGUGUGAAAACUACUGGGUGGAGGAGGAAGGGGUGGAGCGGCAGUUUGGUCAGGUUAAAAUCUGGUUGAAAAAGUGUCGCCAGGUGUGUCCUGAUUUUUUGGUGCGGACAAUGAGAAUCAGUUACACGACGGGCAAGGGUGAAAUAGAGGAGAGAAAUGUGUGUCAAUUCCACUAUUCUGCCUGGCCCGACCAUGGCGUGCCGACAAAAGUUCGUCCUCUGUUGGACAUGGUGAGACUGAUUCGGGAUUGUCAAACGUCUGAAACCCUUCCAGUCUUGGUUCAUUGUUCGGCCGGAUGUGGGAGAACCGGGACAAUUUGUGCAAUUGAUUAUGUGUGGGGACUUUUACGAUUAGGGAAAUUGACCUCGGAUUUUAGCCUGUUUCACCUUGUUCGUGAAAUGCGACGACAACGAAUCGCAAUGGUGCAAACCAAGGAUCAGUACAUCAUGGUGCAUAGAGCAGUAAAAGAGCUGUUUGAAGAGCAGCUAAAAAUCAUCGACUCGCAUCCCUACGCGAACGUAGACGUACUGGGACUACCAAUUGAUAUUAAGGCGGACUUGGAGGAGCCCACGUAUGAGACGAUCGAAUACAACGCUACUUCGAACCACGUCGCCGCCGCCCAGUAUCAUCACCAACCCUCCACCUCCGUCCCCCCUAUACCUCCGCCCCACGUAGACUUGACUAUUAAUUCCAAGUUAGAGAAGGAAGUGGACACUCACUGCAGUCGUAGACGAGACAGCGAAAUAGAAGAACAAAAGCAGAAGGCUGACCAAGAGGAAAGGAGGCAGAAACCAAUCCGGUGGCGACAGCAGCAAAAGUUUGACGACAUCACGGUCCUCUCCUCUGACGGGGAAGAAGUCGAAAAGGAAGUUGUUUCUCGAAACAAAAAGUUGGGUGAAAUUCUUCGCAAACCAAGUAUCGUAAAAAUUAAGUCGUUCUUUGAAAAGUCAAAGGACAGUAAAAAAUCUGGUGGUACGAAUUUAAGUCGAGCCAAAUCUGACGUUUCUUCCUCCAAGUUUUACGCCUUUAACAAUAUAGCUGCUUCCUUUGGGUCUCGUCAAUCACGAAAAUCGCCAACGCCUUCGCUUGAUGUUGACACUAAUCAUAUUGAAGCAGGUAGCAGCGCCAGCAGCAGUAAACCAUCGUCAUCAACCGUCGUCAACUCUACCACAGCGACUGGAAAUAGCAGUAGCAGCAGUAGUAGUAAACAGCAGAAGCCUGCUAAACCCCCCUUAUUUGCCAAACCCUUGCUUCCCAUUAAGAGAAGCAAGUCUCUAAAACUGGGGAAGGAAGAUAGCAGCAUCGAACAGGUCAUUGUUAGCAGGCAUGUUCCAAAACAAGUAGUACCAACAGAUCACCUACUACGCGUGCCCACCUCCACCACAAAUUCUCUACAACAAUCCUCCUCCUCCAGCAGCGUCAGCAACGUGUCAAGUUACCCGAUUAAAGUCUGUAUCAAGCAGGUUGAGAUCCCUGAGAUGAAGAAACCAGUGUCCACCUCGGUCAAGCCGGAAAUUCAGACCGCCACAACGCUAGAGCUGAAUAAACAGUCGUCCUUGUCUGGUUCUAGUUCUUCUGGGUCUUGGACAAGGAAUAAGAAAUCCGACUCCUCCAGCAAUACUUCCAGCGCCACCGCCUCCACCUCCACCACCGGCGGUAGCAGCACCAAGCCAUUGAUCCCACCAAAGAGUUCCGUCGUAAAGGAGACAAUCGGCCUAGCUCCGAGUCAGAACCACCGGAUAAAAAUGGGUGUGGCCAAGGAAAUGGAGGAUGUUGCAGACUUUGGAAGACAAUCCUCUAAGCACCAGCAACUUCAAAAAUACGACACUGUUGUAAUCAAGGGUCCUCCAAGUAAUAGCAAGCGAACUUCUCUGACUCGGAGUCAAAGCCAUGUUUGGCAGCAGCCAGCCAAAGUACAAACGCCAUUUAGAAUAUUUUCAGACGAAAACAUUCAUCAAAGUGGUGGCUCCUCUGGCAACACAACAGCGACAGCACUUCUUAAUUUGACUUCGCAACCGUUAAUUAAUCAUCAAAGCUCUUCAAUUUCGUCACAAAGAAACGGGAGGAGAACGUUUGGCAGUUUUGACGACAGUACGGCCAGCAGCAGUUCGAAAAGUAGUUCCAGUGGUGGUGGAGUUAAUAUCAAGGUCAGCUCGGCUCCUACGACACUAGAAUCUUUUAAUAGCGGGAUAGACAUUAAGCCAAUUGUACGGCGUCGCGUCCCAAAAACUAACCCGUACGCCAACUAUACGCCUGGUGGUGGUGGCGGUGGGGUUGGAACCACUCCAAAUAAUAACAGCUCUCCUCCUCCGACUUUAAAAUCGUCAUGGAAAAAUACUACCACCUCUAAAAUCAUCACUUCUUCGUCGUCCGUGCAAACCCCCACCAUCCUAGAUAACAGAAUACCAAAGGAUCUACCUCAGCUAAAACCUGGUUACUCUCGGAGUAGGCAAAACUCUUCCGAGAGCUCGAGUAACACGGCCACUCCGAGAAGUUCACUGCCCGGCACACCCACACAAACUAUCGAUUCGACCUAUGCCCAAAUCAUGCGGUCCAAUAUGCAGGGUCUCUUAGGAGCGUCUAAAAAUUUUGGGCGAAAUAACAAUGGCGCAACUCCCCCUAAGUCCAUACUUAAAGGUUCCCUCUCCAGUACACCAUCCGAGUCUGAUGAAAGGUUGGAUGAGAGGUUGGAUCGCCAAUCUCCAUCGCUGCAUGGCACGACGGCGACAAAACUACUACUGCCCAACAGCAGCAAUAGCAACAGCGUCACCACCAACACCACUAUCACGCCACCCCAAAAGAUUAACGCCGUAUCUCGGAUUGCGCUGGGGAUACGGGAACGGAGAAAUAGUUUUCGACAAGCAGUCUGCAAAGAUAAAGAGGAUCAGCAACAGCCCAAGGACGCAGAAUAUACCAGAGAAUUGUUCACGCCGGAAAAUAAUAACGUAUCACGGAUAUUUUCCGAUGGUGGUGGAGGAGGAGGAGGUCAGAAGAAUGUUAUUUCACCAAAUUCUGCUAGUGGUGUCAGAUCUCACAAAGAUUACGAACCAAUCUGGCCAGAAAAUGGUCCCUACCACUUUUCCAACGGUGGUGGUGGUGGAUUUGCCAUAGUUUCUGACGACAGCUACAUAAACAGGGCACCUCUCAAACCGCAGCAGGUAGCGGCGACGGCAGCGCAACAACCACCACCAAUGAUCCCUGUUCCUAGUAGUAACUAUAGGGCAGAGCCUCCCUCAGCCACCAGCAGCGGCAGCAGCAGCAAUAGACAACCCAUUUAUGCCAAAAGCAAUCGAAGUCACAGUGCUGAGAGGACAUUACAAACCUAUCAAAACUCAAACUCGCAACCGUUUCAGAGUAGAUUUGACGAAAUUAAGCUUUUACUAGAAGAGUUAAAAGCUCCAAACGAGGUGACACAAAUGCAGCAACAACUCUUGGCAACUAAUUCCAAGAGUUCCUACUCAGCAAUGCCUUACACCACAACUGCUAAAAACCUUGAAGCGGCAGCUCCCACACCCACGACUCCUGCUACCACCUCCGGAGUGAGUCUGAAACACCAACGGUCCCUCCGCACCCCCUCCAAACCCCAAUAUCCAGGAGGCAGCGGCCUGUCCUGCUUCACCUUUAAGAAGCCAUCCUCCCUCGAGUCCCUCACCGACUCCUUCCACUACGACGUCAUGACGAGGGACACUCCUUCCAUAAACGGGGACACAACUCCGCUCCUUAAACAGAAUGGAUUUGGCGACUCUUCCGCCACUGCAGUUUCUCCACGUCGGAAUUCGAAUGAUUACGUGUCCUUGCGUCAAGGCCGGCCUGCAUACGAAGCCACAGUUCACCAAUCGUAUAAUUCUACCACGCCGAACCCACGCAUGGACCCGCAUAACUCCCACAUCGGCUCGAAUGGCGUCCCCAUUGCUCCACCGAGAACGAAAAAACUCCAGAAAUCUAAUAGUACCAUUGUUCCCAUGAGUGGUGGUGGGAGUUACCACAUGGAUAAGUCGUUAUCUGGAGUAGGAAGUACUAGUUCUUCUGGGUGGCCAAUGACAUCAUCGACAUCAACAUCGGAUGUUGCUGGGAACGUGUCGAGUAGGAACUUGCCAGAAGUGGUCCGAUGUUCGUCAUCCCAUCAAGCAGAUCGUCAAACGAAUACAACGACACCUCCCUCACCGAAAACCUUGGUCAAAGCGAUGGGGAUCUUUCAAGCCAAGGCGGCCAACAUGCGGUCAAAACUAAGCAGUUGGUCGGAUAGCAGAGAGAAGGAAAAGUCAUCCAACGGGUAUACGUCCGCUGCUGAGAGGGAUGAGAUUGACGGAGGAUUUGUUGUAAAAACGUCGACCUCCUCCAACAACACUUCCGCCAUUAGCACCUCUUCGAUACAUCACAGUUAUCAGCCCCCAAAUAACCAAAACCUGUCCGGCUCCAGCAGCAACAGCAACAGACCCGCAUCUCGACACCAAUACUUGUGAUAAACGCACCAUCAUCCAUUUAACCAGAUUUUACAUUCCAAAUAUUGCUAUCUUCUUAAUAAUCUUGCAUUAAUUAUGCAUAAUAUAUAAUAAAUAAUUAAGCUACACAAUCAUUCGAUCGACUGAUGCUUACACACUACUUACACAUAUAGAUACAUACAUAAAUCGGUGGUAAAUGUUAGGGUAAAAAAAUGUUAUCCCGGCUGCUUAAUGAUAAUCAUUACUGGAUAAUAACCAAUAGUUACGAUAAAAAAUUUAAAAGAAACUGAUGGCUUAAAACUUUUAUACAAGUUGAACCAAAGUUGAGAUGUACUGAAUAACUUAAUAUUAGUAUUAUUAUCAUGAUAUAAUAGUUCGCCAUGAAAUGAAUGAUAAAUUGAUGUCAUAAUUAACCUUGCCCUCAUACUUAUCGUUGCUAUUUAGAUUACAACAAGUUCUGUGUUAUCAAUUCAACAACUACAGAUUUACUUAAUUUAUAUAUUUGUGGAAUAAUCUGCUUGUCCUUUUUUAACGGAAUCCUCGUCAAGGAAUGCAUUCCUUUUUCUUCGUCUUAUUGUUAGACAACAGCGCAUUUGUACUGCUUUUAUCUUAUGGCUGCAUCAGCUACAUAUGUGUAUAUCUAAUUUUUUAUGCCGCAAUCACUGGAUCCUCGUGUCGGUGUUUGUGGUGCAAGAAGACUGCCCGGUAGCAUAAAAAUAAUUUGCAUAAUGUAACAUGUAGCUUGUAACGCAAAGUAUUACAUAGAUGACGAUAAAUGAGUGUCAUGUCAUUCCACCUGGAUCAAGAAUAUUAGUAACAAUAAAAUUGAUUCCAAAAA